GCGGCGGCGCUUCCGGCGCAGGCGGCCCGCCGGCGGAAGUGACGGCAGGGUUUGUUGACAGCGGAGGCCGCGGGGGGGGAGCGGGCCCCAGGAGGACGCGGACCCCCUGCCCGCCCCGCGGAGUGGCGCCGGGAUCCUCCGGGUCUCCCGCCGCCCUCAUUGCGCCGCGCCGGGCGACGGCCUGGCUCCAGGUGUCCUCAUGUCCUUGUGAAAUUCAGCCUGCAACUUCACCUGAGGAAAGGAUCUACUGAGUCCAAAGCUUCCUUCUGCUCCUCUCCUGCCCACAAGUCCCCUCACGAUGGCGUCCGACAGCCCUGAGUCGCUGAUGAGGCUGUGCACAGAUUACUGCCUGCGCAACCUGGAGGGGACCCUCUGCUACCUGCUGGACAACCAGACCCUGCGGCUGCACCCUGACAUCUUCCUGCCCAGCGAAAUCUGUGACAAGCUGGUCAACGAGUACGUGGAGCUGGUGAAGACAGACAGCAUCUUUGAACCCCAUGAAAGCUUCUUCACCCUCUUCUCUGACCCCCGGAGCACCAGGCUAGCUCGGAUUCACCUGCGGGAGCAGAUCGUGCAGGACCAGGACCUGGAGGCCAUCAGGAAGCAGGAUCUGGUUGAGCUCUACCUGACUAACUGUGAGAAGCUGACAGCCAAGAGUCUGCAGACCUUGGUGAGCUUCAGCCACACACUAAUCUCCCUUAGCCUCUUCGGCUGCUGCAAUAUCUUCUACGAGGAGGAGAACCCUGGAGGCUGUGAGGAUGACUGCCUGGUGAACCCCACCCGCCAGGUCUUGGUCAAGGACUUUACCUUCGAGGGCUUCAGCCGCCUGCGCUUCCUGAACCUGGGCCGCCUGAUGGAGGGCGUCAACGUGGAGAGCCUGCUGCGGCCGCUGGCCUCGCUGGCAGCCCUCGACCUCUCUGGCAUCCAGCUGGGUGACGUGGGCUUCCUGACCCAGUGGAAGGACACUUUGGUCUCCUUAGUGCUUUACAACAUGGACCUCUCAGAGGAGCACAUCCAAGUGAUCGCACAGCUUCACAAGCUCAGGCACCUGGACAUCUCCCGAGACCACCUCUCCAGCUACUACAAGUUCAAGCUGACCCGGCGGGUGCUGACCCUGUUCGUGGAGCACUUGGCCAACCUCAGUUCGUUGGACAUCUCAGGGCACACCAUGCUGGAGAACUGCACCAUCCCCAGCAUGGAGGAGAAGAUGGGCCAGACAAGCAUUGAGCCAGCCAAGAGCAGCAUCGCUCCCUUCCGGGGCCUGAAGCGACCUCUGCAGUUCCUGGGGCUCUUCGAGACCUCUCUGUGCCGCCUGACUCACAUCCCAGCCUACAAGGUCAGUGGAGACAAGAAUGAGGAGCAGGUCCUGAAUGCCAUCGAAGCCUACACUGAGCACCGGCCAGAAAUCACCUCCCGAGCCAUCAACCUGCUCUUUGACAUUGCCCGCAUUGAGCGCUGCAGCCAGCUGCUGCGGGCCCUCCAGCUGGUGAUCACAGCCCUGAAGUGCCACAAGGAUGACAAGAACAUCCAGGUGACGGGCAGCGCAGCGCUCUUCUACCUGACCAACUCCGAGUACCGCACGGAGCAGAGCGUGCGGCUGCGGCGCCAGGUCAUUCAGGUGGUGCUCAACGGCAUGGAGGCCUACCAGGAGGUCACGGUGCAGCGGAACUGCUGCCUGACGCUGUGCAACUUCAGCAUCCCCGAGGAGCUGGAGUUCCAGUACCGCCGCGUCAACGAGCUGCUGCUCAGCAUCCUCAACCAGAGCCGGCAGGAUGAGUCCAUCCAGCGCAUCGCCGUGCACCUUUGCAAUGCCCUGGUCUGCCAGGUGGACAAUGACCACAAGGAAGCUGUGGGCAAGAUGGGGUUUGUCAUGACAAUGCUGAAGCUGAUCCAGAAGAAGCUGGCUGAUAAAACGUGUGACCAGGUGAUGGAGUUCUCCUGGAGUGCCCUCUGGAACAUCACUGAUGAGACCCCUGACAACUGUGAGAUGUUCCUCAACUACAGUGGCAUGAAACUCUUCUUGGAGUGCUUGAAAGAGUUCCCAGAGAAGCAGGAGCUGCACCGCAACAUGUUGGGCCUGCUGGGCAACGUGGCAGAGGUGAAGGAGCUGCGCCCGCAGCUGAUGACAGCUCAGUUCAUCGGUGUCUUCAGCAACCUGCUGGAGAGCAAAGCAGAUGGGAUUGAGGUGUCCUACAAUGCCUGUGGUGUGCUCUCCCAUAUCAUGUUUGAUGGGCCAGAGGCUUGGAGUAUUUGUGAGCCACAGCGAGAGGAGGUUGUAAAGAGGAUGUGGGCAGCCAUCCAGAGCUGGGACAUCAACUCCAGGAGAAACAUCAAUUACAGGUCAUUUGAACCAAUCCUUCGGCUUCUUCCCCAAGGGAUCUCCCCAGUCAGCCAGCACUGGGCCACCUGGGCACUCUACAACCUGGUCUCUGUCUACUCUGACAAGUACUGCCCACUGCUGAUCAAGGAGGGUGGCAUUCCCCUUCUGAAGGACGUGAUCAAGAUGGUCUCUGCACGGCAAGAGACCAAGGAAAUGGCCUGGAAAGUUAUAGAGCACUGCAGUAACUUUAAGGAGGAGAACAUGGACACUUCCAGAUAGAGGCAAGCACCUCGUGCCUCCUGCCAGCACUGUUCCCAGCUUCUCUCUGACCCACUGUACAUAGGGAGGACUCUUUCUGACUGUUCCAACUGCCUGUUGGAAGGAACCUUUGUGUGUGUGUGAGACCCCCAGUAGCUGAAGGUGACCAGGGGAGGAGGGAGGGAUGUUUUGCACAACAGAAAUGCUUUCCUGCCAGCAAUGGAGUUUUUGUUCUGGAGUUUCAGGUUGGAGUUCUGUGUGUAUGAGUUCUGUAUAAACAAAGCCAGCUACAAGAUGGAUCUUUCAGCCUCUUUUAGCCCACACAGAGAGCUCCAGAUGAUCAUGAGCUUGAAGCCCUGGCUGUGUGCUCCCUAGUGUGACCUUUUUAUUGCUCACUUUUUAGACACCCUCCCUUUCUGCUGCCCUGCAUGAGGAUGUCCUGUCCUGUCCAGUCUGCAGGAACACCAGUCCUGAGGGGAAGUGGCUGCUCGAUGGGGUGCAGGCAGUGACAAGUGACUCAAUGGUUAGAGAGGCUGGAGGACACGAAGCAGCCACAAGUGACAGCUGGACAGGGAGGAGUAAAAAGCUUUUCCACUCAGUUCACUCUCUAGGGACUUUUAUGGGAGACAAGUGGAAGCUUUGCUUUGUGGGUCCUUCAGAAAACAUUCCUGGUAGAAGCCAAAGGUCUGUUUUGUCUGCUUUGAUGGCACAGAAGGCUCUGAGAGCCCACCCAGCCUCAGCAGGUCAGGUGUGACCAGCAAAACCAGUUACACAUCCCUGUCAUCACAGAACAGCCUCUAAAGGAGCAAGGGUCACAAAGGGCUACCCCUCCUCACUGCAGCCUUUCACCACCCUGUAGUUCUGCUCUGUGCUAAGGGAAGGAUUGCAGCUGCCAGAGACUCUACUUCCCCUCUGCAGAACAAGCUCCACUGGGCCCCAGUCCAGAGCAGCCUGUACCUUUCCUGCAGCUCCCAGUAAGGGACUGGAGCCAGUCUGCUCUUUUCAGUCUGCAUCAGUGCAAGCCCAGCUCAGUGGCACAGCAACCUCACUUUACAGAUGCUGCAAGUGGAAGUGCUGAAGUCCUCUCCUGAGAGGCCAGGCAGUGAUCCCAUGAAACAGCAGCCCUGCACCCUGCCCUGGCUUCCAGCAGCAGCGCUGCUCUAGUCAGCUGCGGCUGAGCAGAGCCUCAGUGCUCACUGAGGUAUCUCCACCUGUCAGACUUGAGACCUGGAAAGGCUCCGGAAGGCAGAGGCCAAGCUCCGCCUCUAAGCCAGGCACUCAGCUCACAAUGCAGUCCAUCCUCGGAGCCCUCUGCUUGCCACAGUCCUGCAAUUCCCAAAGGCUGCCCGGGAAGGGACUCGGGGAAGCUCCGAUGUCUGGCAGCAGCACAAGGUGCUCCUUAGUACCCCAAGGAAGUGCUGCUGCAGAGCUGCCCUCAGGCUGUCCUGCAGCUCAGAGCUGCUGUCCUCCUUGCUCAGCCUAUCUACAAACUGACACUUUAAGCACCGACAGCUGCCCUGGUUGCUUUCUGCCACGACGGUGUCAUUGAUGUCUCUUCCCUUUUAACCAUUGGUCCUUUGUGUCCCUGUUGUCAGAUCUGUACCUUUUUCUUUGAGUAUUUUCCAAACUUAUAUAUAUUUUUGUGUCACUUUUGAAUUGUUUUCAUACAGUUUGCAAAACUUGAUGAAUUACACUUUUUUUGCAGUCCUUUGACUGAAAUGUAUUUUGCUCUCUUAUUACUGUUCCCCAAUAAUUUGUGUCCCUGUAAGCUCUGAGACAGGGAAGCUCAUGUCCAGGUCUGUUUUCUGUACCACAUUUGCUAAGCUAAGACAGGCUGCAGUUGCUGCCAGCCAGCCCAGAUGAGCCAGGCUCUGCUCCUUUAAUGCUCCAUUGAGUGCUGCUGUCCCUUGAAGGCUGCUUCAGGUGAUGGUGCUACCCCUUUGGCUUCUUUCCUGAUGCCCAUACAGUGGCAGCUGCUGCACUAAAAAUCUCAAAUCAGGUGAAAAAGAGCACUGUGGACACUGUGUUGGCAAACCGGGAGCAAAGGGACACAUUACAGAUGUGAGAGCUAUCAGAAUGCCCACAGAAAGCAGCUGCCAGGUUGGGGAGACAAGAGGAGCUCAGCUAGGAUCAGCCCCACUCCAUAACCAGAGCCAAACAAUCAGGCUUUACCCUAAGAUUUUGGCACAGACAGACCAAGGGUUGUGGACAUCUGACAUCUUGUUCCCAUCUGCCUCAAGACUCAGAGGGUUUGGUUUUUUUCCAAACCAGUGUCCCCAAGAGUUCAGCUGUUACUGGUCUCAUUUGCCGCAAGCUGGAGCAUGGUACCCUAAUCUGCACCGAACUUAGUGCCACGAUGUAACCUUCCACCCCCACAGCCCUCACCAAGCUCUACACAAGUGCUUCCAGUUCACAAGAGCUGUGGAACUGCUUAUGAUUGGCACUUACUGGCCUGAUGCUUAACACCUAGCAGCAGCCUUCAUCCAAAGCAAGCCAAGGAAGUCCAGCGCUGCUCUUUGUGACAAUUAGUAACCAUGCAGAUGAUUUCUCUGUCCUCUCUGCUUCUGUCACCCUGCACCUACCUCCUGCCUGGAAUUCUGUUCAGCACUGACUCUCAUCCAGUCCGUCACCAUGGCUGAGCUUUUGCUGCAGUCAUUCUGCUCUCUGCAAAAGAUGAGUGGGAAGAAAAGUCUUGGAGCUGUGAGCCUCUCCCCUCUCCUCACUUGAAGAAGGCAAUCAGCAGUGGGAGAGCAGCUGCGGGGGCAGUGUUCAGGCCUUGCUGCGUGGGAAGGAGUCUGCCACAGCUCAGGUGUUGGAGGGGAGCUUGUGCUGGAAAGAAGAAUGAAAAGGAAACAUCUGGUCUCCAUGACAGCCGUUGGUGUGCAGCGGAGAGGGUAGUGGCAGCCAGGAACCGGUGAAAAGCAGUGUGGGGCUGGAUGAGAAGGCAACUCUUGGAGAAGGACUGAGGAGAUCCCCUGCUGACUGAGGCUCUUCUGCCUUUGGUUCCUGGCAUCGGUCACCUGGUCUCUGUGAUGCUUUUCUUCCUUAAAACGUUUCUAAGCUGCCUGUGUAGGAAUUCCCUUGUUUUGCUUGAGAGAGCAAGCCUCUGUUUUCAGUCUGCCCAUUCACCCCGAGGGCAAGAGGCCUGGUUCAAGUGUUUGUACAUGGUGAAACAAGCAAAAACCCAACGAUGCACAAUUGCUGCUUCCUUACGGUUCCCAAUGAGUUAACUUUUCUGUUGCAUCCAUUGGAUACCUGCUGUGCAUUAAACCCAGUGCUUAACAGCCUCUUCCUCC